GGGUCCCGCUCCCGGCCGGGCACGGGGCUCUCAUGGCACUCUGGGCAGCUCUCCUCUGUGCCUUGGUGGCAUCGCUGCUCGGUGGGCUCUACCUCCUGGAUGUCUUCCGGAGCCGAAGACCCAAUGAACCCCCUCUGGAUAAAGGUAUCAUCCCCUGGUUGGGCUACGUGCUGGAUUUUAGAAAGAACAGUUCAGAGUUUCUAAAAAAGAUGCAGAGAAAACAUGGGGAUAUUUUCACAGUGCUGAUCGGAGGCUAUUACUUUACCUUCGUGAUGGACCCCUUCUGCUUUGGAGCCAUCAUGAAGGAAUCACGAUCUAAACUAGACUUCAGGUCCUUCGCAUCUAAACUGGUCCUCCAGGUGUUUGGCUACAAGCCCAUCAAAGCCAGCCAGAGCACGAUGCAUGCUUUGAGCAUGAAGCACCUGACGGGAGAUGGGCUCAACCUCCUGACGAAAGCCACCAUGGGUAACCUUCAGAAGCUGAUGUUUUCCAAGCUGAGCUCACGAGAGGAGAAGCGACCGUGGCAAGAGGACAGCCUCUUCCACUACUGCUACAACAUCGUCUUCAGAGCUGGGUACUUGGCUCUGUAUGGCACAGAAUCCCACCGAGGGGCAGAUAAUGAGGAGGAGGCUAACGAGCGAGAUCUCAUCCACUCCAACCAGCUGUUCAAUGAGUUUCGGAAGUAUGACUGCCUCUUCCCUUGCCUGGCCUACUCUAUGUUGCCCCCCAAGGACAAACUCGAAGCUGAGCGGCUGAAGAGGUUCUUCUGGAGCACGCUGUCCGUGAGGAGGAGCUGUCAGAAAGACAACGUCAGUGGGUGGAUAAGCGAUCAAGACCAAUUUCUGGCAGAAAACGGUGUCCCUGAGUACAUGCGGGAUCGUUUCAGGUUUAUGCUCCUCUGGGCAUCCCAAGGCAAUACAGGCCCCACUGCCUUCUGGCUCCUCCUUUAUCUCAUGAAGCAUCCAGAUGCCAUGAGGGCUGUGAAGGAAGAGGUAGAGAAGGUCUUGAGGGAGAACGGCCACGAGGUGAAGGCUGGAAGCCCACCAACUGACAUCACUAGGGACAUGUUAAACCAGACUCCUCUUCUGGACAGCGCUCUGGAGGAGACCCUGAGGCUGGUGGCAGCCCCGUUGCUGGUCAGAGCUGUCCUCCAGGACAUGAGUCUUGAGAUGAGCAACGGCACGGAGUACGUGCUCCGCAAAGGAGACAGGGUGGCUCUGUUCCCACACCUCUCCGUGCAGAUGGACCCUGAAAUCCACCCCGAGCCUCACAGAUUCAAGUACGAUCGCUUCGUAAACCCAGAUGGCACCAAGAAAGAUUUCUACAAGGACGGGAAACGGCUGAAAUACUUCAGCAUGCCUUGGGGGGCGGGCGUAUCCAUCUGUCCUGGGCGGUUCUUUGCCACCACCGAAAUUAAAUUGUUUGUCUUCUUGAUGCUGGCUCACUACGACCUGGAGCUGGUCGAUGGCAAAGAGGAGGUCCCAGCCAUCGACAUCAGCCGCUGGGGGUUCGGGACGAUGCAGCCCGUCCAUGACGUUCGCUUCAGGUACCGGCGGCACUUCUGAGAAGACCAGGUUGCGUUUUUGCAUUUUUUUGUUGUUGUUGUUGUUCAGGUGUUAUCUAUGAAAUAAACUGCCUGAUCUCAUGGUCGCUGGAUCUGUGUGGAGCCGAUAGCGGUACGUUCUUGUUCACUUAGUGGUUAUUGUGGCUUUCCUCUCUACCUCCUUCGCACGUGUCGCUGCCCUGCACCUCUGGUUCCUGAAUUCGGUUAGGUUAUGAGGUAAAAGUUCGUCUGCAUGCCCGCAAGAGAGCACAGAGCGACAAUGGUGAGGUGGGGGAGCCCAAAUAACACCCUGCUGGGCUACUCCCAACCCCUGCACAGGGGCCGCCAGCCCAUCAGAGACACAUCCGCACAAGCCCGGAGGAGCACGGGGGCUUUGUGGCAGGUGGAACCCAAAUUAAGGACUUCCGAGGAGCCAGCACGUUGUCCGGGCCCCAUAGGGACCUCAGCUGGGUCCAGGACGUGCCAUCAGGAGCAGCUCUCCAGACCUCCCCCGGAUCCAGAUAACCUAAGUAUAUCGAGAGGCUGAUGGCUCCAGCUGUCUCAAAGCCUUUGGUGACCGCAGAAGCCUCUCGCUCUUUGGGAGACACCCAUGGGAGCUCCUGGUCGCACAGCAACGCCCUGGCCCAGUGACAUUCCCCACUCCAAAGAACACUCUGGCAAGAGGAUUUUUUUUUUUCUGUGGGUCGUUUACAUAAAGGCUGUUCAUGACUAAUGC